AUGGCUCGUCUAAUGAUCAUUUGCCUUUUUCUAGUCCUCCCGGCCGCUUCCGUCUUCUCAGUUUCUCCAUCGCUGGUCACAUCAAGAAAGCUUUUAGAGACAAAGAAACAUGAAAUGUUGUUCACGGAGAGAGUGAGAGAUCCAGAGGAGGAGAAAAGCCAUGUGACUCACGUGACCAAAUCACACUUGAAGGCGAGAAAAAAGGGCCACUUCCCUGUUGAUCGGUUUCUGAUAUCCGCUCCUAGCCCCGGUGUUGGACAUUCUGGUGGUGGCCGUUAA